AUGAGAACUCUUCUUGUUUUUUCCUUUGAUUACAUAGUGUUCAGUACUUCGUGUUUGGGAAAACUUAGAGGAGUACCGAUAUUUCAGCAGCCAUUUCAUUGGUUAUUCAAGUCACAUGUAUUGCCGAAAGGUACUUCGGGAGUUUAUGCCAUAAAGAGGUCUGGAGAACUGCAUAAGGUCAAAUCUAUAACAGUCCAGCAAGACACGCCUCCAAAAUACGAAGUGGUAUGGAUCCUUGAAUUUGUUUUGAGCGGUUCAGCAUCAAGAAGCAUGAAUUCGGCUAUGGUUCUUGAAAACUCCACCCAUUUCCACGGUGACAACCAUGAAACCCUGGAGACUGAAAUGGAAAGUGAUGAAAUGGAUCCCACAUCAAUUAGUAAAGUCCAUCAAGUUAUGCAUGACUAUGUUGAAAAUGACCAGAUAUACAUGUCCGUUCUUUGGCAUGGAGGAAGACUUGGAAUGGCGUAUUAUGACCUGGAAAUGACACAGAUUUUUAUGUUGCUAGACAUCGUAGAAUCAGAUGAAUUUCUGUUCCUGAAGCGAGUUUUGCAACAGUAUCACCCUAGUUGUGUGGUGCUGAGUUCCAAACAGGAUGACAGGCUUGUUCAAACACUGAGAAAUUUAGUUUCAACCAGGAGUGAUACAACAGCUUCCAUGGCAACAGAUGAAAUCAGUGCAUCUUUUUCUGAUGAAGAUUCAGAUAUUCUCCAAUUUCUCCCAAGCAUAGAUUUCAGUCCUGACAUUUGUAAGAGAAGAAUCCUGAAUUUAGAUCUCCCAGGGAUACCAACGCAUUACACCGACACAGAAAAGACCCUGUAUUUAUCAUCUCUUAUCUCAUUUGACAACGUCGCCACGAUAAGAGCAACAGGUGGGUUGUUGAAGUUUCUGGAGAAAAGGAGGAUCGGGAUUGAACUGGAGGAUGCCUCUGUAAAAGUGCCAGUGAUGGAUCUCAAAGUUAUUACUCUAGAUGAUCAAGUUGCUGUGGAUGAUACUGCUUUCAGUGCUCUGCAGAUUUUUCAAAAGGAAGCACAUCCAUCAGUUUACAAAAUUGGUCAAAGUGGCACGAAAGAGGGACUCAGUCUGUUUGGAUUGUUAAACAGAUGUCGGUCAGCAGUAGGAAGCAGAAAAUUAAGACUAUGGUUUUUGCGGCCAAUCCGUGACCUAGAUGUACUAAAGCAGAGGCAGGACGCUGUAGCAUUCUUUGUGAAUCCUCGAAACAUCGAAGUCUUCACCACCCUAACAGACUGCAUGAAGAAUGUCAAAAACAUUUCACCAGUUUUGAAAAGAAUGCACCAAGCCCAGGCUGCUGUGAUAGAUUGGCAAGCCCUGUACAAGACUGUGUAUCAUGCAAUUUAUAUUGGAGAUUUGUGUAGAAGUCAGUCACAGACAAUUCAUAUUUUUGAAAGGAUAAAUGAAGCUUUUACAGAUGAUCUUCACAGAAUUGCCAAUUUGAUCAAUAAAAUAGUUGAUUUUGACGAGAGUAAAGUGGUGGGCAGAUUUGUGGUUAAACCCAAUGUUGAUGCUGAGUUAGAUGACAAGAAAAGGACCUACAAUGGUCUGCCAGAUUUUAUGACAAAGUUGGCAGCAGAAGAAUUGGAGAGACUGAGUGAUGACAUUCAGGAGUGUAAUGUGAUCUACCUGCCUCAGUUGGGUUAUUUGCUGGCUAUUCCUCGCCUGGACUACAUGCAGAUUGAGACAGAUUUUGAAAUACCUGGAUUAGAAUUUGUCUUUUUGUCCAACAAUAUGUUGCACUAUAAAAGCGCACGAACAAGAGAGUUGGACGCAUUGUUGGGGGACACGCAAUGUGAAAUAACAGACCAAGAAACUGCUAUUAUGCACCGACUCCAGAAUGCCAUUUUGGAGAGUUUUAGAACUCUGACUGAAGUCCAGGAUUUGUGUGCGGAACUUGACUGCAUUCUGUCGCUGGCAGCUUCAGCUAAAGAAUUCAACUAUGUAAAACCAGCUGUGGUCAAUGAGGAUGUCAUCAACAUAAAAGGAGGAAGACACCCCAUCCAAGAGGUUUGUUGCAGUCCUUUUGUACCCAAUGAUACACUCAGUGACCAAGCAGGUGGAAAGAUGAAAGUCCUCACAGGGCCUAAUGCAUCUGGAAAAAGUGUGUACCUGAAACAGGUAGCUCUGAUCGUGUAUAUGGCUCACAUUGGCAGUUUUGUCCCGGCCGAGUCUGCUGUCAUUGGCUGCGUGGACAGAAUAUUCACCAGGAUACGCACUCUGGACAGUGUGUCUGUCGGCCUAUCUACCUUCAUGAUAGAUGUGAAUCAGAUGUCAGAGGCGAUAAGAGAUGGCACAGAAAGAUCUCUAAUUGUGGUGGAUGAGUUUGGCAAAGGGACCGAGCUGGUGGAUGGUAUGGCUCUGCUGUGUGCCUGCUUGUCGUUCUGGAUAGAAAAGAGAGAGUCCUGUCCACAUGUCCUAGUCUCCACACAUUUCCACAGCAUUAUCCACCAGCAGUUGUUACCAGAGUCGCCUAUGGUGAAAUUCAUGACCAUGGACAGUCUGACAGAGGAAGGAGAGUUACUGUUCUUGUAUCAACUGGUGGAGGGUCAUGCUAAAUCCAGCUAUGCCAGUCAUGUAGCUCUCCAGGCUGGACUCCCAGAGAAAAUCAUUCAAAGAGGGGUGGAGGUGUCUGAACUGAUUAGGCAGAACAGACCAGUCUAUGCCAUUGACAAAGUUGACUCAGAAACUCAUUUUAAAAGAAGUGAAAUAAUUGUCAAGAAGUUUCUGGACCUUGACUUGGAAACAGAUGAUUUAGAGGGCUUCCUUCAAGAUUUUGUUUUGCCUACAAGUGAAGGCAAAUUGUGAUAUUUCAGUUCCACUGAUGGAAAUGGUUAAGUUAGAUGGACGUUUUAGUGUGCAAACACACACACACACAUAUAUAAGAAAGCAAACUGCUACAGGCAUGUACAGAAAACUUCAUACAUGUGAAUAGUUUGUAAUCGAAGGAAGCUAUGCAUUUGUUAGAUUCAUGCAUUUAAAAAAAUGUACAUAUUUGUGUAUAUGUUCAUAGCUUUCACAAAUAAAAGCUUUGCUUGUUUUAA